AUGACAACUUCUGUUGAUUUUGAUUAUAAUGGACCGCCAGUUACUGUUUCAAAUGGAAUGGCUGUUGAGUUGGUUGCACAAUUUGGAAUUCAAAAUGCGUGGUUCGCCUUUUUAAAACUCCGAGGAAUGAAAUUAAAAAAUGAAGAAGCAGAAAACGCUCGCGAAUCAUUCACUUAUUUUCGCAACAAAAUUGGUCAUUUACGUCGUUUGACCAAAGAAUUUAACGAAAAACAAAAAGAAAAGGGUUGUGAAGAGGCGACCAAAAAUUCUUUUGAUGCCUUAUCUUCGGCAGAUUUUGAUAAUUUCUUUGUCUCACCAGACUCGCUAGAAUUGAAAAAAGAUGCAACAAAAUAUUCGGAAGUUGAAGAUAACGAAUUUUUUGAAGGAAUGGUGACCUUUCUACUCUUCCUCUUCCCCGAUUUUUCGCUUGUAUUUAUUUUUGGGUUUUAUUUUGGUUAUCGUUACUCCAACCGAGUUUAGGACCAACGUUAAACAGAUUGCCUAAAUAUCCUAAUAGCCCUGGGCUUCUAUUUUUCAAUACCCCCAUCGGGUGG